AUGAGACCAGGCAUCCGCACACAUAAUCCUCGCAAAAGUAGAAUGAGAGCUGUGUUCACGAUCUGCUCAUCUUUAACCAAGGGCAACAACUUUGCCUCAUCACUGGUUACCGGCAUCUUGACAGAACCACAACUUCUUGGAGCUUCGGUCCCUAGUAAUCCUCAUAUUAAGGAAUCAUUCCAGGUUUCCCAUCUGUCGAAACUCGUACAUAUUCUUGGCAUCUGUGAUCAGUUGAUCCUUUUCUUCCACAUCAUGUGGAUGAAAUACAACUGUAUCAUCAACAUAGAAGAGGAUUAUCCGGCCGUUGGUGAACAGGCAUUUAUCUUCAGAGACCGGAACACAGCCUAA